AUGGCAGACUAUGGAGAGCUUGCGGAACUUGGCUUCGAAGUUGUAGACAAAGGUGUCGACAAGUAUCACGAUAAGGUCUACGAUCACUUGCCAGCCUGGAAAAGGAAGCAACAGAGACAAGAUCGACGACGGUCUCAGGAACAGCAACAGCACAAUCAAGCACCUUUAGGGAACGAACACAAUCGCUCGAGGGACAUCGAAGCAGGAGAGCCCUACGAAGAAGACUACAACAACAAUCGAGGCAUGUCGUCAUACGGCCAGUCGCAGGCGCCGUCUUACACUCCCAACGGACGCCAGGACUAUCGCGACUAUCGCGACGAUAGAGAUGACCGAGCUAAUGGGCUCCCUCAGCCAAACGCACCGCCCCCGCCACCGCCUCCUCCCUAUGGCUACGGCUACGAUGACAACGACACGCGUGAUCGCGGCAGACCGGCACCGUCAAGGAUGCGCUCAAACUCGUGGUCGCCGCCGCGCAACCAGAGAGAUGAGGACGAGAAGCCGCGCCGCCGUCGACACUCCAGAUCACGCUCAAGCUCCAGAGAGAUAAUGGACAACAAGCAGCGCCUUGCGGCCACCCUCAUUGGAGGUCUGGUAGGAGGAUUCGCUGGGAGCAGAGCCGGCAAAGGCAAAAAAUACGACACUGUAGCCACGGUCGCAGGCGCCGUCCUAGGCGGCAUCGCUAGUCGCGAAAUCUCGGAAAAGAUUGGCGAGAGGAAAGAGGGCCGCAAGGACAAGAGACGAGACGAGCAGGAAGCGUGGGAACAGAAACGUAUCGGCGAUGGGGGUCGUGACGACAACCGCAGUAGAGGCCGCGACGACAGCCGCAGACGCGAGCGCGACUCUGGAGACUAUUCUAGAGAUUCGCACGGCUGGUGUGAGCGCUGCGGACGCGAACGCUCGCGCUGCAGAUGCAGAUAA